GAAUUGUUAUUGAGGUAUCGUUCUAUUAUAAACGAAUGUGUAGCAGUACUUAUAGCUAAGUAAGUAUUGUGUGUAUUUUAGGAUGGCGAAAACGAAAACAAUCAGCAAAGGCUGCCCUAAGUGUGAACGGCAGAUGCCCGUUGCUUGCAAGGCAUGCCGUUGUGGUCAUUCAUUUUUCAAUGCCCGACGAAAUUCCAUUAAAAGUCCGCCUAGCCCAGAGGCCGGGACGAUUAAAACAAGACGAACAAAUCGAAUCAAAAGAGAGAAACCAAAUUAUUACGAUUCCUUAGAGUUUGAAAAACAAACACGAAAAAGCAACAAGUUGAGAAGAGUAAUAGAAACAGGGUCUGACAGUGAUACUCAAAAAUUAAAUAGUAAAAAAAAGAAAAGGAAAGGCAAAGGGAAAGGAAGAGGAGGGAGUAGCAGUGGAGCAGGAGAUGAUGACGACGAGUUAGAGGGUGUGAGUGGCUUGCCUCCUGAAAAACAACUCACUUGCUCACUGAUUUUACAAGAACUCAAUAAUAAAAUGAGCACAGUUGCUUGGAAACCCAUGUGAACAUAACAACCACCUCCAGCUU